GCCAGAAAAGUUCACGAAAUGGUGCUAAUACAGUUUUAUGGCUUCAAUUUAUAUACUGACUGUUUGGUUUACUCUUCAGAAUAAUUCAGAUGAUUGAAAAUCUGAGUCGAAACUGAGUUUUGGUCAGCCUGUGACCAAUUACUUAAAUUUGUUAUUCUAAUGCAGUUACUUAACUUUUUCUUUCUAAUUAUUCAGUAUUUCCAGAACUUCUAACAAAAAUUCUGAUCGGUUUUUUCUUCCUGCUUCAUUUUUAAGCAUCUAAAGUUGAUCAAAAAGUUCAGACAUAUUCUUACCCAAUAUGUCGUAUGCCUCAGGGUGUGAGGUGCUCGAACUGGGCUUCAGAGAUCAGACCAAAGACCGGAUGAUCGUGAGGAGCCACAUAGUUCUGGACAGGAAUCUGGAGCGACAAAGGAGUGCUUUCUACAGAAAGGAGAAUCAUGCGAGACGGAUGAUUGAAGAGAAGCGCAGGCAGUUCCGAAAGCCAGAGAAGGUGGAGGUUCCGGAUGAGUUCCGGAUGACAGAGGAAGACUUCCUGUCGGAGUUUGCAGCCUCUACUCGAAGUGGCCGGAAAUCUACUAUUAUGGCCCCCAGAGCCAGGUCCUCCAGACGACAUUCUGCCGUUUCACUACAGAUACCCAAAACUCCUCUGAUGAGCGAAGAGUGCAGUGCAAUAUACAAGGAUCUUCAAUCCUAUGUGCGCAAGUGGCGCAACCCCCCUUCGUCCAUACUGGGAGGAAACAACAAGUCCAAACUAGAGAGGACCUUGAGAGAUCUGGCCUAUGAUAUUUCUCCGGACGGGGCUGCAUGGAGACGGAUCCAGAGUGCGGCUUCUGGGAGAAUGAUGAGCUCACAGAUGACAAGACGAGAAGACGAUGGGAGGCCCCCUACAUGCGGUCCAGGUUCGCGUAUCUACGAGAAGCAAAAAUGGCUGGCAGAACAAAUCCAAGAGUACGAGGCACGGCAGACUGAGGACGAGAAAAAGAAGAAAGAUAAAGAAGAGGCACUUCGAAAAGAGAGGAGACAACUGAGACUGAACGGGGACGGGAGAGGGGGAGCUGAGGGCACUUCUCUCUGGUCCAUGAUGCAGAGGUCUCUGUUGGUCACGAAUAAGUACAUACACAAUGUGGACCACAGUCAUGACAUGAACAUCAGUGAUGUGGAUGUCCGUAGCACUCGUGCAAAUAGCAGAGGAAACAGUCGACGCAGUUCCUUCCUCAACACGGCCAGAGCCGAUUCGGGAGAUACCAGGGCUCGGGGUGGAGGACUUCGUCGUAGCAGUCAGCGCAAAGGGAGUUCCCUGUUCCAGAACAGUGUCACAGUCGCAUUCGAAGAUCACAAGCGAAAGGAGAGGCGAAUGAGGGAUUUGAUGAAAGCAUGGAAGGACUCUGCGUGGCAGGAGGCACAGAAAGCGAGAUACAUUCGGACCAAGUACAAGAGACCAACCGAGUUAGAAGUGGAAGUGUUUCCGAGGAGGGAAAGCGACAAUCCUAAGAGCAGAGACAAAGAAACUGAAAUGAAAAAGGAGCCAUGAAGUUAAUUAGGAUAACUUGUUUUUCUGAACAAAUAUCACCGACUGUUAUUAGAGCAAACAGUACAGUGCUGAUUUAAAUUAUCCGUACAAAAUGCAUUAAAAUUGAAAAAAACUCCUUUAUUCGAAAUUGAGUUGAGUUUAGGUCAAAAGCUAUGAAGACAAAACUUAUUUAGAACUUUAGCAGAAUUGAUACGGUGCAAUUUGUUUUACGGUGCAAUCAAAAUUUUUUGCUCAAUUACUGACAUAAUCGCAUGAAAACGAGCCUCUCAGGUAGCCCAACAAACCCUAAAAACUUGCGCAAAGCGAAGCGUUUAAAAACUUUUUCUAUAAAAAUUUGAACUUAAUAAACUA